AUGGCCGCCUCCACCAUGUCUGUCUGCUCUGACGCCUGCACCAACUCCUCCUGGCAGGUGGAUGACUGCCCAGAGAGCUGCUGUGAGCCUACCUGCUGUGCCCCCAGCUGCUGCCAGCCCAGCUGCUGCCAGCCCAGCUGCUGUGUGCCCAGCUGCUAUGUGCCCAGUUGCUGCCAAUCCAUCUGUUGUGUGCCCAGCUGCUGCCAGUCCGGCUGCUGUGUGCCCAGCUGCUGCCAGCCCAGCUGUUGUGCCCCAGCCCCCUGCCUGACCCUCAUCUGCAGCCCAGUGAGCUGUUCAUCCAGCCCCUGCUGCCAAUCUGUCUGCUGCUCACCCUCAUGCUGCCAGACCUCAUGCUGUCAAUCUUCCUGCUGUGUGCCUGUCUGCUGCAAGCCUGUCUGCUGCAAGCCUGUCUGCUGCACACCCAUCUGCUCUGGAACCUCCUCAUGCUGCCAGCAGUCUAGCUGCCAGCCCUCAUGCUGUCAAUCCUCCUGCUGUGUGCCUGUCUGCUGCAAGCCUGUCUGCUGCAAGCCCUGCUCCAGUGUGUCCAUGCUCUGCCGCCCUGCCUGCUCCCGCCAGGCCUGCUGUGGCCUCUCCUCGGGCCAGAAGUCCAGCUGCUGCUGA